UAUGAAUAUUUAUAAAUGUUUACCUCUUAUAUGAUUACGGCAUGCUGAAUUUUCUCAUGAUUUAGUAGGAGAGCAAUCAAGAGUUGACAUACCUUCGAUCUAAGCCUAUAACCAGUUAACUGUUUUAUCUUUAGUAACAAUGGCUGAUAAUGAUAUUAUUGAGUAUGAAAACGAUUUGAGCAAAUAUGAAGAAGUUCCAGAAGAUGUGCGCAAAUUUCUCAAAUCAGAGAUACGUGGAAACACACCAUUGAAUACUGUCAAAGUCAGGGGAUACGAUUUCAAUCAGGGCAUUGACUAUCAUGCUCUGUUCAAGUCAUCUCUUUCUACUGGGUUACAAGCCACCAACUUCGGCAGAGCAGUUAUUGAAGUCAACAAAAUGUUGGACUUAAAGGCCAAGCAAUUACCAGAAGAACUGGUAAAAGAGAAGACUGAAUCUAACCCCUGUAAAAGACCGUUUUCAAACUGUACCAUCUUCCUUAGCUUCACGUCCAGCAUGAUAUCAUCUGGAAUCAGAGAAAUUAUUCGAUUUUUGGUGCAGCAUAAUCUAGUGGACUGUAUUGUUACCACAUGUGGUGCGAUUGAAGAAGAUUUGAUGAAAUGCAUGGAGUCUACCUACCUGGGAGAAUUCCAUCUGGACGGGAAGAAACUCAAGAGUGAAGGCUUAAACAGAAUUGGAAAUAUGUUGAUUAAGAAUUCAAGUUAUAUGAAAUUGGAAGACUUUCUCUUGCCGCUGUUCGACACGAUGCUCGACCUACAGAAAAAUAACGGAAUGAAUUGGACGCCAUCUAAAAUGAUAGCAAAGUUUGGAGAGAAGAUCAACCACCCAGAUUCAGUAUGUUAUUGGGCAUACAAGAACAACAUUCCAAUAUUCAGCCCUGCAAUAAUUGAUGGUGGUAUCGGCGAUGUCAUUUAUAUACAUUCUUACAAAAAUCCAGGUCUGAGGAUUGAUACUGCAGAAGAUAUUCGUAGAAUGUAUUCACAGGCGCUGACGGCGAUGAAUACGGGUCUGAUCAUUCUAGGUGGUGGGUUGAUCAAACAUCACGUGUGCAACGCUAAUAUCAUGAGAAAUGGAGCUGAUUAUGCGGUGUAUAUCAACACUGCGCAGGAGUACGACGGUUCGGACUCUGGAGCUAGACCAGACGAGGCGGUAUCCUGGGGCAAGAUUAGCGAUCGAUCAAACCCUGUUAAAAUCUUUGGAGAAGCAUCUCUUAUUUUCCCGCAACUUGUUGCCGAGACAUUCGCUAGGAGGGUUACAAGUGACAUUUAAUGGUUGGCCGAAGACGUCAGUUAGCAGUUUGAAGGGACAAACAACUAUGGCAAUAUGCAUAAGCUAAUUAUUGUACGAUAGAUGAGCACGUUCUUAACAUUUAUAAUUUGGUUUAAAUAUUGAAUAAUAAUUAAAUUGUUGUCUUUUUAUGAUAAACAGAAACUCUUUCCUUACCACUUAAUAAGGAUAACGAUUGGCUGCUAGGCAUACACCCAUUGUUGUGGGUCGAUGCAAUUCAACGCUUUUAUUGAGUUUAUCAUAAUUGUUCGAGAUAAAAAAAAAAAGUAUAUUAGUAUAAUAUUCAAACUUUCUUCGUUCAAUAGUUA